UGCCAUUUUCCUUCAGAGAUGAAUACAAGAAGCAAGAACAACCCAACUAUACUUUGGCGCCAACAAAAACUUAGCACCACUGCGCUUGCGCAACUAAUGUAUUUGACGGACUGGAAAAAACACUAUUUGAUUCAAGUCAUCAAAAGCGCGACGUCUAAAGCCAACUCGCGCUUUGGUCGUGUAGCACGGCUGAUCAUGACGAACUUGAGUCGCACCUAGCAUUUGUAUCGAGCUAAAUUGCAAAUUGGAUUUAUACGCCGUGCUAAUGAUGAAUCUAAUCAAUACUUAGAUUUUGAAGAGGCAAAGUAUUUCAUUCGGUGCGAGAUAAGCGCGACGUAUAAAUCAGCCCUAAGUUUACAGGGGAGCACUCCAGGGAGAGUAUAAGUUUUCUAGAUGUUAAGGUUAGUGUAAGUGAGGGGGAGUCCUAACGACAGACUUGUUUUGUAAACCUACUGAUACACAUCAGUAUUUACAUAAGAAGUCUUGCCACCCAUGGCAUACCAAGAAGGCAAUACCCUAUAGUCAGGCUUUAAGGUUACGUAGGAUUUGUUCGUACGAUCGCCAGUUACGGGAUAGGUUAAAGGAUUUGACUGGAUGGUUAAAGGUAAGGGGGUAUGAGGAAUCACUUAUAACAGAACAGAUAGAUAAGGCACGUAAGCAGGAUAGGGUAACAUUACUGGAUAAGGCUAAUUGGAAACAAGAUCACAAUGGGAGUGGGCUGGUUCCGUUGGUUACCAUUUACCAUCCAGCCUUGAAUAAUUUGGGCAAGGUGGCCGGGAGACUCAAUUCUAUGCUGACGAUAUCGGAAGAGCAUAGGAAGGUGUUUCCUCAGCCACCUUUGAUAUCAUUUAAACGAUGUAAGAACCUUAAAGAUUUACUAGUUAGGGCAAAACUUUAUAAUGAGGGGGCAGGUACCACGCAUAAUAGGGGUUGUACUCCAUGUGGCAAGUCUCGAUGUCAAGUGUGUAAUGUUAUGUGUGACAGUGAUACUUUAACUUCCCAUAUAACUGAUAAGGAAUAUAAGAUAAAUUUUUCGUUUAACUGUGAUUCAUCCAAUGUUGUGUAUCUUAUGGAAUGUAAAGUAUGUGGUGUACAGUAUGUGGGUAGCACUUGCACGCCGUUUAGGCUUAGGUUUAAUAACUACAAGGUGUGCAAUCGUAAGUUUAUCGGGGGCUCUUCAGGUAUACCUCAGGCUGAUUUUUUCCGGCAUUUUGCAGGGAAUGAACAUCAUGGGUUUCUCGAAGAUAUUAAAGUAACUAUUAUAGAUAGACUUAAUGGGAAUGGUAGGAUACGUGAAAGUUUCUGGCAGUAUAAGUUAGAAACUUUCGCGUCCCGGGGCCUUAAUAUUAGGUUAGUUGAACAUAGUUUUAUUUUUAUUUCCAAUCUCUUGGAUUAUUUUCUCCUUUUCACAGCUAUUUAUUAUUUCCACAUAAUAUUAUUUUCUAAUCUUCAUGGUAGGGACAGACAGCAUUCACCCUUUCUCGUUUUUGUGCAUUCCUGGGUAGUUAACCAUCUGCCUCCACACUUCUCUUUUGUUCUUUUAUCUAUUGUAUUUAUUCCGCUUUUCUCACCUUCAGCUGGGCCUAGAAAGUUUACUUGUGUCGUAUAAUUAGCUAUUAUUGUCCUUGCUUUUAAAAUGUGUUCUUUUGUCCUAUUGUUUUGUAUUCCUUAUUUUACGCUCCAAAUGUAAGUGAAGGUUAUUCUGAAGAAGCAUAUUGCGAAACGUUAAUCAAGUUGUUUUUUUACUGAUCAUCUAUAUAUAUAUAUAUAUAUAUAUAUAUUUAUAUCUCUCUAAUGCAAUAUAUGAUUCACUGAGAGAGAGGGUUGCUCACGCUUACGUUUAUAUAGGAAAAUUUCAAUAAAUUGUAUAGACAUUUUUUUAUAUAUGCAAGUAUACUUCUGAGUAUUACAGUAUUUGUAUAAAGUAUGCCCCCGUCCUUUAGACAGAAAUUUUCAGGGGAAGAAGAACAAUGUUAUGGACCUUGCACCAAGCGAACUCAGAUGUCUCUGGUGACUAAUAUUUACAAUGUGCACUGUUUUCUUUAUCAAUGAACAUAUUCGAGGGAUGCCACGUUCCUUGAUCACUGUGAUUUGUUGGGGGUUUCUAUGUCCUCUUGUGAUCACAUAGUUCCCAAUGAGUGUGGCAUUCCUCGAAAAGUGACAUAAUUCGCCAUUCUAGAUUCCCUGUGUUUCUACUGGGGACAUUUGAAUACAAGUGCUGUAUGCGUUUUUACAAUGGAUCUUGUUCAAGUAUAAAAUUGCGCUUUAUCAUACGCUUUAAACUCAUGCAUAUCUAACAAUACCAUUGAGAAAAUUUAACUUUUUCCGUGAAAAGAAUCUGUGUGCAAUUGUUUCUAAGUUGUCAAUAAAAAGGGUUGAAAUGCUCGAUUUUGUCUCGAAAAGAGAAAUACCAAAAUGUGCGAAUGGAUUGGUCAAAGGUCGAAGGGGCACACAGUAAGAAACGUGUUGUCAUACUCCGUGAAACGAAGGAUAAAACCUUUCGCUGUCCGGUAGAAUUUUGCGAGAAUCGUACAUUUUUCAGCAAAAGAGGUUACCGAAAACACAUAGACACCAAGCACAGAUGGUAUUAUUUUUUCGAUGAGAAGCCGAGUGAUAAAGUUAUUGAAAGGUCGGCUGAACAGAGUACCCAGAGAAGUCACAAACAUAUCGAAAGUGCCAGAAGAUGUGUAGAUACAACUAAAAGGCCACAUUUCUCAAUCUCUGAAGGGGUUGGAAAGCAGUAUGUUGAUUGGCUUUGUGCUGUUUGUGGCGGGGGACUGUCAGCAGCACAGGCAACACAAAAUGCUACUCGUGUAAUGAAAUUCUUGAAAUUUUGCAGCGAAGAUGAUGAAGACAAUCUCACAGAACAGCUUGUGGACUACAGCAUAGGAUCCGCAGGACUUAUAUGCAGUUUUAUCGAGCAUAUCGGAAAAGAAUGGGGCCUAGGCAGCUCAGCUCAAUUUGGGUAUUUACAAGCAAUCACAGAUUUGAUCGACUUUCGUAAAUCCAGUGGAUUAUCGACAACAGUGCUUGGCAAUUUGGCGGUUUCUGAAGUUUACAUAAACCGAGGAAAAAAAGCACUGGCUAAAAGGAAAAUCAGGGAAUGGUCAAAAAACCUGUCGAUCGAAGUCCUUUCUGGCUGUAAUCAGUGGGCGACAAUGGAAGAAAUGGAGAGAGUUAUACCGUACCAUCUUCCACGCUACAAAGAUGUGUUGACGAAUUGUAAAGGCUAUCCUUUGACUGCCAUUACACCUGCGGACCUUACAUUUGCCACUCGAUUAGUAGCUGUGUAUAUGUUUACAAGAGUGAAAGGAUCACGCACAAUGACGUAUCAAUUUCUAACAGUAUCAAUGUUUGAAAAGUUGAGGGAGAAUAAUGGGUUUGUGGACCAGACUGAGUUUAAAACUGCACAACAGUACACCUUUGAUUCAUUGAUACUUGAUGAGACAAGCACACGACUCCUUGACGACUAUAUUUGUCAUGUUAGGCCUCUGUUGAACCCUCAGUGCGAAUAUGUACUGGUCACAAGAAAUGGAACACAGUUUAAACAGUUAAGUAACCUGAUGUCAGAACUCGUUUUUCAGGCAAUCAGGAAAUACGUUCAUCCGACCAGAUUUCGUCAGAUUGUUGAGACGGAGAGCUCGCGUAAACUUUCUGCCGAAGAGCAAGAAGUCGUGAGCGGAGACCAAAAACACAGUUCUCAACUAUCAAAAGUAUCAAAAGCGCAAUUCACGCGAAAUUGCAGUAAAUGCCAAAUCGGCGAUGAAAAAGUUGCAGAACAAAGAAGUUGAUAGAAGUUUAAAAAGAAUCAUUCUAGACAACAAAAAUUCGUCUGAUCAAGACUGCUGCUUGGAAGAAACCGAACAGCACCAGCCAAUAACGCCAGGAAGAAAUGGGAAAGAAACAAUUUGCGUUAAUCUCGACAAAGCGGGUAACGAAUCGUGUAGAGCUUACUCGCCCCCAGAUUGCAAUGCUGACAAGUUGAAAGCAAAGCCAGUCGUCAGUAGAAGGGUGCCAUUUACUCCAGAGGAGGACUUUUUUUCUAAAAAAAAGUUUGAAAGUUUAUGGAUUUGGAAAGUGGACGGCUAUGCUUAAGGAUCCUAGAUUUAAAUUCAAUAGCAAACAGACCUCUGAUUCUCUAAAAAAAAGAGCAGAACUGCUUGCUAAAAAGUCACUUAAAUAAUGACCUUGUCAGUAUUGUAAUAACCUUUCUGUAUUCUUGUGUUAAAGAUUGGUUGGAAAUAAAGAAAAAAAUUGGUUGGAAAUAAUUUUCUUCUUAAUUGAAUUAUUGUUGUUAUAUUUAAUUAAAUUAUUGUUAUAUAUGUUAUAUUUUUCUUAUAUCUAACUUAACUAAAUUGUUAUAUUUAAUUAUCAAAAAGUAUCUGUUUUACACCAAAAUGAGAUUGACCUCGUUUAAUUUCGUCAAAAGACACUUAAGUUUUCUCGCAAAGGCUGAGCAACUAGGAGCACCGAUAAUUUACAAUGAGUUGCAGGGAGUAGGAGUGAGCCAAAUAAUUCAUCCCUUUAUUAAGAUUUGAUGUCAUCGAAGAAAACUUUUCAACUCAACAACAUUUUUUUUAAAUAUAUAAAACUACAAGUUUAUGAUGAACUACAAGAUAUAAAAAUUAAUAUAACUCAAAAGGCAUUUGAAAACAAAGGUUUAUUCUUCUUCGUCGCUUGAUAACUUCAGAUGUUUUCUUCACCUUUGAACAAUCAUAGUUCGUGGACGCUUUUUUGGCGUUUUUUGCGUUUUAAAGAAGCUCUCGUCGUCACUGGCAGUCUUGUCAUUAUUUGAAUCAAUCGAUUCGUUGAUCGGCGUGGGAAGCUGACUGAUACCACAGUACGUUUCCCUCAAGAGUUCUUUCCAUCGAGGAAAUGUUUCCGAAAACAAUUUGAUAUCAAAUUCUGGUCUUGGCGUUCCUUCGAUGAGAAGCCAGGCAUCAUACAUGGAAUCGGGCUUUUUCCAGGAAAGUAGUCGUCUUCUUUGGAAUCUUUCCAAGCCUUCAUCCGUUGCAUCCAAUAAAUCCCAGUUUGGUUUAGAAGUGAUCAAAAGAAACACAGCUUUGUGGUAUGAAAAUACAUUGAUGGGCCCAAAAGUGACGAAACAGCGACUUUCCUCCCUCACCCAGUUCGGAUUCUCGUCUUCGUCGUCCAAGAUGAUCUGGUCAAUAAUUUUCAGUUGGCACUGCUCCUUGAGGGUGCUCAGCUGUUGCUUCAUCGUUUGCAAUUAUAAUGCUCUGCGAGAAUUGAACUUUUUCUAUUUCUUCAAUGUUAAUCAUCCUGGAUGAUUGCCCUUCAUUGAAAUCGUUAAAAAUGGCACCCUCAUCAUGGUGUUGCUGCUCCGCUCUUUCAAUUUCCUCGACUUCCCACAAUGGGGUGUCGCGUAAUUCAUUGGCGCACCAAUGGAAGCAUUGCAUGCAGUUUUUCCUCAGGUAGUUUGUUGCGUGAGGAUUUCUUUCCUUCAAAGAUCUUGUUUUGAAUACAGCCAACCGUGUCUGAAUAGCAGCGUCAUCGAUUUCUGUAAACGAAGGUAUUGAGUUGCAUGUAAUGUAAACCCCAAAGCAGUAAACGACAUGCUUAGCUUCUUUGUGCUUCUGUGGUAGAGCAAUAUAUCCUCCUUGCAGGAUCCUUUUCGCGUCGUCUGCACUCAGCGCAUCUGGUGGCCAUUCAUCGACAAUCAAGCAC